CGGCUGCCCGACGGGCCGACGCCGACGAGAUUUUUUGGUAAUUUCGGAGUAAUCUCCGGAGUCCGGAGUCCGCGGACGCGGAAUCACGCCUCACGCCGGCCGCGUGAAGUAGAUGGCGCGUGCGAGUGCCGCGGGCCGCGGCUACGAGAACGGCGGGUCAGCCGUCAGGCGGGUGGAAUAAUUCGCUCCGGCUUCGAGCGACGAGCACGUCGAGCACUACCACGCACCACGCACGAGUAUGACAGAUCGGAGCAGAGACCCGGAGUCGACCGCGAGCACCGCUGCCGAGCAAACGGGCGCGCGACGGAAAUCCAGGCGUGGAAACACGAGCGGGAAACUCGCGACGCUUCUUCGGCGAUGCGAGGGCAGUCGGCGUCAGGAGUACAAGAGGGAGGAUCCGACGAGCGACACCAGGUCGACGGAGCACAGAUUCAAGGGUCCGUCGAGCAGCAAGCUGUCAUUCCUCGAUUUCGUGUGCAAUGUCAAGAAGCACCUGCUACUGAAGAAUCUGUGCAAAUCCAAGAAAAGGAGCAAAGAGACAGAAACGACGAGCCCUUGCUCUGGCUCAAAGCAGAACAAUGUUAUCUCUGUCAUUGAAUCUCUCAAUUCAUGUCAGAAGCAAGACGUGUCAACUGACGAGCAGGCCUUGUUGUCGGAUAGAAGACUUUUGUAUGAAGCCAGAUUAGGUGACGUACUUGAAAAUUCCCACUACAGUAUUGAAGGAAAUAUAGCUAACAUUAGCACGCAAUAUGGUUCAUCUGGCACAAAUCUUCAUACAGUUCCUACGAGACAGCAAGCUAAAUUGAUAAGCGACAUUGCGACUGUCAACGAUGCAACGGUAAUGCAACCUACCUAUUCUAAUACAAUGGUGGCAGUUUCUAAUGCAAUAGCACAAGUCCCUGGCAGUGUAAACGAAACGUUAAAUAACGAACAUAAAGUCAAAGCAAGUCUCGCAAAAGAACUGCUUAAUCUAAGUAAAUAUGGAUGGUAUUGGGGUCCCAUAUCAGGAGACGAAGCUGAUGCCAAACUCAUAUCUGAACCAGAUGGUGCGUUUCUGGUUCGGGAUUCGUCAGACGACAGGUACGUCCUAACACUCAGCUUCAAAUCAUCUGGAAAGAUGCUGCAUGCGCGUAUGGAGCACAGCGGCGGCCUAUUUUCUCUCUGUAAUCAAAGCACCGAGAACGAAGGCUUUAAUUCGGUGGCUGCUUUAAUAAAUCACUCCAUGAACUUCAGCCAGUCCGCCGUAAUAUGUUACUCGAGGCCAAAAUAUCCGGGAUAUCCGUCGUUCCCGGUCAGAUUAACGAAACCAGUGAGCAGAUUCACGCAAGUAAGGAGUCUGCAAUAUCUUUGUCGUUUUGUCAUUCGUCAGUAUAUUAGAUUAGAUAAUAUACACAAGUUGCCUUUGCCAAAAACUAUCAAGGGAUAUAUUCAAGAAGCUCAUUAUUAAAAUCUAACAGAUAAAAAAAUAAAAAAUGUUGAGAUUAA